CUUCUUGACAUCGCCGCUCAGGAGGAAGAGUAGCCGGCCCUCUGCAGCCUCAUCACGGCCACGGAGCUCGGAGCAGCGCCGAUGGGAUGAACGGAGAGAUCUGAGCGAAAGUACUGUCCCCCCACGACCCCCAGCGGGACCCCGAGUGUUUGGGCUGCAGCCUGCCCCGAGAGGCCGCCUGAGUCUCGGACAGGAGCAGCGGAAGAACGCGGUAGCAGUUUGAGAGGUUCCUUGAUGCGUAAACAUGGUGGACUAUUACCAGGUUCUAGGAGUCCAGAGGGAAUCUACAGCAGAAGACAUCAAGAAAGCGUACAGAAAGUUGGCACUGAGAUGGCACCCUGAUAAAAACCCAGACAACAAAAUCGAAGCAGAGAAGAAGUUUAAAGAGCUGUCAGAAGCCUACGAGGUGCUGUCCGAUGCCAACAAACGCUCCUUAUACGACCGCUAUGGUAAAGACGGGCUGACGGGCAGCAGAGGAAGAGGAGAACAUUUCCAUAACGGAGAUCACUUCCACGAGCCGUUCACCUUCAGAAACCCGGAGGACGUGUUCAGGGAAUUCUUCGGAGGCGCCGAUCCUUUCGCAGACUUCUUUGGCACAAGCCCUUUUGGGGAUGACCUGUUCUUCAGCAGCACUAGGACCCACAGUCGCAGCGGACGCCCCCGAACAGGAGGCUCUUUCUUCGGGGGCUUCGUCGGGUUUCCUCCCUUUGGUGGAGGAUUUUCUCCCUUUGACCCAGGUUUCGGUGCAUUCGGUUCCAUGGGAGCGAUGGGACAUAUUGGGCAUAUGGGACACCUGCACAGCCUGAACGGCCUGGGUGGCGGGAUGGGUGGGGGUAUGGGUGGAGGGAUGGGUGGGGGUAUGGGGGGUAUGGGGGGCAUGGGGGGCUUCACCUCUUUCUCCUCCACCUCGUUCGGGGGCAGUGGAGCUGGGAUGGGAAACUUCCGCUCUGUCUCUACCUCCACCAAGAUUGUCAAUGGGAGAAAGAUCACCACUAAAAGAAUCAUAGAGAACGGUCAGGAGCGCGUGGAGGUGGAGGAGGACGGACAGCUUCGAUCUUUAACCAUCAAUGGCCGUGAGCAGCUGCUGAGACUCGAACACAAAUAAAAACUCAAAACAAAAAACCCAUGUUUAAGAAGCCACUUUACCAGCAGCAGCACAGACCUCAGCCUCCUCAGCCUCUCCAGACCAGUGCUCGCUACAAACUGAUUCUCGCAUUCCUUUUUUCACUUUGGCAUUUUACUUAAAGAACACAUAUUAUGCAAACUUGACUUUUUGACCUUUUUAACCAUGUUAUACUGUUGUCCCUUGAUCAAAAACAUCCCUGGAGUUGUAGUGAAUGUUUCAGUCAUGGUCAUCUGGACACAAUUUUCCAAAUCAAGACAUUUCAGCUCCAUCCAGAAAGCAUUUGGAUUUUUUUUCUAUACUGUGCUGUACAUUUCCCAUAAGACUUUUUUUUUUAUUGAAAAUGGUUUCUUGAAUGUCUAGAUCACACAAACUGUGUGCAGAUUUCUGUGUAACCCCUCAGUCAUCCAGGUCUGAUCCAUGGUAAAAGCCAAAAGUAAAAUUUGUCAACUGGACAAAAAGUAGUAGGAGUGAAGAGGUUUGGUUGCUCAUCCAAGCCGCUUCUUCAGUUCUGGUCAGAUUACUGGUGGACACUGCCUGAAUAUGCGAAGUAUGACUCUGGCACAGUGCACGGUGUAGUGCUCAACAGACCUAGCCAACAAACAGAAACUGUACAGAAACGAACUGCUUUCAGUUUCAGCGUAAUUAGCUCCUCUCUUCAGACAGAUAUAAGGCAGUGUCCACCAGUAAUCUGACCAGAACUGAAGAAGUGGCUUAGAUAAGCAGAAAAACGUCUUCACUCCUUUUUUCCAGUUGACACUGGUAAAAGCCAAAAGUAAAAUCUGUCAAGAUGACCACUGUUGAAACCUUUUCCCAACCUCCUCCUGGACAAAUGAGGGAUUACACAGACUCUGUAUGUGGAGUUGAAUUUUUGCUCCUUUCACACUUGUUUUAUUAAUACAUUAAUCCAAAGUCGUCUUCUCUAAGCUCUCAAAAAUGCUCCAUUUGCAUUUUGCAAGUUUAUUUGCUACAGGUAAAACUCCUGAUUUCGCCUGCAUACUUAUUAAGCCCAUAAAUAUCACUGCACUUUCUGGUUGUUCAUUUUCGUUGCUGAUAGCAGAGGGAGCUCAUUGGAAACAGGAAGUUUCUAAAGUAUGUGUUCCAUAUAUAGACAUUAUUUUAAGUUGCCAAAUGUGAAAUACUGUUCCCAAUGUGACCAAAAGCAAAUUAAAGCCACUAGUGCAUAAUAUGUGUCCUUUAAAGCCCUAUGCAUCUUGUUUUGUUCGAGCAGGUUUUUAGUUCAGUUCAGGCCACAAUUUUAAUUUUAUUUUUUGGGACCAUUUGUGAGUUGAGCCGUAUCUACACUGUGCGCUACAUUUCCCAUGAGACUGUUUUAAUUCAAAGGUCCAUAUUACGCUAUUCCCUGAUCUAUGUUAUAAUGUAGUUUCCUCAUCACAAACAGACCUGGAGUUGUGUUUUGUUUCAUUAACACAUGCUUAAGACACAAAUCCUGCAGAUUUAGGCUCAAUUAUUUUCUCAAACUAUAACUAACACUGUGUUCCACCUCGAGAUGUCAUGUGGUAAUACAGGAAGUGCUCCACUGUGUUUUUAAACUCCAUACACUGUCAGUAGAAUCAUUUGGAUAAUUUCAGCCCUGGAAUUGCCAAUCUCUAGUAAACAAAAGGUAAAAGGAGCUGUUAACUUGAAAACUACCACUUCAUGACAUCACAAGGUGGAACAGCAUUUUGAGCUUUGGAGAGUUAGAGAGACUAAAAAUAAAAGGUUACUGUUUUGUUUCAUUCACACACAACUCCAGGUAUGUUUUUGAUGAGAUAACAGCAUUAUAACAUGGCUUAAAGCUCACAAGAGCCAAUUUUAUGUAAUAUAGGACCUUUUAAUUUGAAUAAUACGCUGCCCAUGUUUACUGCUCUUCCUAUAGUUCAUUCUUUUUAUUAAUGGUAUAUAAAGUAUUGUACAAAGAAGUGAUGCAAUUUUCUAUGUUGCGGCGUCUGUCUGUAAUUUAAAAAUGCAUGUUUUAAUGUGGGUAAAGUCUUAAUGUUCACGUUUCGUUCUGAUGCACAAAACAGAAGUGUAUAAAAGAUAUUAUGGAUGUAGAAGGAAUUUUGUGAAAUUGUGGAAAAACAUUAAACUGUUUUCCGGAUGGUACCAGA